AUGGGGAGAUGGACAUUAAAUCUCUUGGUGGGGGUUGUACUUCUUGCUGUCAUCACAGCCAGUUGCUACGCUGAAAAAGUGAAUCACUGUCUGGCUACGAGGGCUAGCACCUGUUCAGAAUGUAUUCAGUCAGGGAAGGGCUGUGCCUACUGUCCAGAUGAGAUCUUUGAUGGACCCCGCUGCGACCUUCAUGACAACAUCGUAAACCGCGGCUGUAAUAGCGCGGUGACAGCCAAAAGCAGUAUGUCGAUGGAGAGAAACGAGCAGAUCGACAUGCUGUUGAAGCAGUCCCAGGUAGCUCCUCAGGAGAUGUCUAUGACUCUGCUGCCAGGGGAGGAGAGGGAGAUAGAGAUGGAGGUGUUUGAACCAGCUAAAGGACCUCUGGACCUCUACAUUCUUAUGGACUUCUCCAACUCCAUGGAGGACGAUCUGGACAACCUCAAGAGAAUGGGUGCUGAGCUGGCGGCGUUGGUAAGUAAGCUGUCUGAUGAUUACACCAUCGGUUUCGGCAAGUUUGUGGACAAAGUGGUGGAACCCCAGACAGACAUGAGACCAUCCAAACUUGCCAAGCCUUGGCCCAACAGCGACCCUCCCUUCUCGUUCCGUCAUGUGAUCACUCUGACCUCUGACCUGCGGUCCUUCACCGAGAAGCUGCAGAAGGAGAGGAUCUCAGGGAACCUGGACGCUCCAGAGGGGGGCUUUGACGCCAUACUGCAGGCUGCAGUCUGCGGGGAAAAGAUCGGCUGGCGUAGCCAUGCCACCCACCUCCUGGUCUUCUCCACCGAGUCGGCCUUCCACUAUGAGGCGGACGGUGCCAACGUGCUGGCGGGCAUCAUGCCACGCAACGACGAGCAGUGCCACCUGGACCCCGAGGGGAAAUACACAGAGGACACCAGGCAGGACUACCCCUCUGUGCCCACCCUGGUCCGCCUGCUCGGCAAACACAACAUUAUCCCCAUCUUCGCCAUCACAAACCACUCCUUUACCUAUUAUCAGAAGCUUUAUGAGUAUUUCCCCAUCGCUGAGUUGGGUCUGCUACAGGAAGAUUCUGCUAACAUCCUCAAUAUCCUGGAGAAAGCCUUUGAGAAUAUCCGUUCUAAGAUCAGUAUCCGUGCUGAGGACAGGCCUAAAGCUAUAGAAGCUCAGGUCCUAUCGUACAGUGGCAGUGUUGCGCAGGCUGGAACCUUCAAAGUCAAGCCUGGACAAAUAGGGAAGUUUAAGGUGCGUGUCAAGGCCAGUGAGAUGGUUGGGGAGCAACAUGUGUGUAGUCUGGAGCAGGGUGACAAGAAGGGGAAGAUGAGAGUCAAACCGACCACCUUCAGCACAGCUCUAAACAUCAACGCUGAAGUGCUUUGUAAAACCUGCGACUGUGAGAAGACCGCCACUGAAAAUGCAGUGCGGUGUACAGGCCACGGGGACCUGGUCUGUGGGAGGUGCCGGUGCUACGGUGGCUGGCUGGGUCCGUUCUGUAACUGCUCAACCAGUGCGUCGCCGGUCGCAGGUAGUUCCUGUCUGGGUCCUGGCGUGGGGGAGCCGUGUUCUGGCCGAGGAGAUUGCCUGUGUGGAACGUGUGUGUGUUACAACACCGACCAGUACGAGGGACCCCUCUGUCAGUUUGACAAGUCCCAGUGUCAACGAUACGGAGGCUUCCUCUGCAACGACCGUGGUCGUUGCUUCAUGGGUCAGUGUGCGUGUGCAGAGGGCUGGGAGGGACCGGCCUGUGAGUGUCCCAUGAGCAACCAGACCUGUCUGGACACUAAAGGGGGUGUCUGUAACGGGCGUGGUGUGUGUAAGUGCGGUCGUUGUGAGUGCCAGGACUCUGGCCUGGCCAUGACCCCCACCUGCGAGGCUAACUUCCAGGCCCAGCUGGGGAUGUGUGAGGACAAGAGGAGCUGUGUCCAGUGUCAGGCCUGGAAGACCGGCGAGAAGAAGGACAGCGACAAGUGCGACCAGUGCCAGUUCAAAGUGGUCAUGGUGGACGAGCUCAAGGAAAAUAAAGAGGUGAUUGAGGCGUGUAGUUUCCGUGACGAGGAUGACGACUGUACGUACCACUACACCGUGGACUACCCUGAGGACCAGACAGACAAGGAACUGGAAGUCCAGGUGCUCAAAAAGAAAGACUGUCCCCCUGCUGGCUUCCUGUGGCUGAUCCCUCUCAUCAUGUUCCUCAUGCUACUGCUGGGUCUACUGCUGCUCUGCUGCUGGAAGUACUGCGCCUGCUGCAAGGCAUGUCUUGCUCUACUGCCAUGCUGUGGAAGAGGCCGUAUGGUUGGCUUUAAGGAGGACCAGUACAUGCUCCGCCAAUCCCUGCUCACCUCUGACCACCUGGACACGCCCCUAGUGAGGACCGGCCCGCCCAAGAGCACCGACGUGGUUCGCUGGAAGAUCACCGACAAUGUGCACCGAUCGCCCAAUCACCCGCUGGCGCAGGUCCAGCCAAACCCCAAAGAGACCAUCCAGUUCCCUCUGUCCCUGCGUCUGAACAGGUUGUUCACAGAAAGUCUGUCCCACCCCGACGCCAGAGACACGGAGAUGCUACGCAGGGAGGUUGAUGACAACCUCAAUGAAGUGUACAAGCAUGUUCCUGGAGCCCAGAAGGUUCAGAAGACCAAAUUUAGAUUACAGAGAAAUGCUGGUAAAAGAAAAGACCACACAAUUGUAGACACAGUCGUGUCCGCUCCUCGCUCCAGCUACCCCGACAUCGUCAAAUUGACUGAGAAAAACGUCCAGUCUGGAAACUUCCAAGAUCUCAAAGUGGUGCCGGGCUACUACACAGUGGCCACAGACAAAGAGGCGGCUGGUGCCGUGGAGUUCCAGGAGGGGGUGGAGACAGUAGAUGUGCGCGUGCCGCUCUUCAUCAAGGAAGAUGACGAUGAUAAGAAGAAGCUGCAGGUGGAGGCGGUGGACGUUCCUCUGGGCAUCGCUGAGAUAGGGAAACGCUUCGUCAACAUCACCAUCAUCAAAGAACACGCCAAGAGUAUUAUGACGUUCCUCCAGCCUUCCUACACCUACAGCCGACAGGACGGAGUGGCUAACAUCCCCAUUAGCAGAGAGAUCAUAGAGGACGGACACACACAAGUCACCUACCGCACCCGAGACCUCACCGCCAAGGACAAGAAGGACUAUGUGACAGUGGAUGGGGAACUGUCCUACGGGCCAGGGGAGACCCAGCAGACUGUCCCUGUGCGUCUAUUGGAGCUGGGAGAGGGAGACGGUCUGCUGAAGGACACACAGGUCAAACAAUUUGUCAUGGACCUCAGUAACCCAAGACAGGGAGCCAAGCUGGGACGCUACCCUAGAACCACUGUCACCAUCACUGACCAACCAGAGCCCAGUGUGAUGAUGUUUAUGAAGAGCACCCAGAACUUCUCCACCGCCGACCCGACCUACUCCAUCCCCGUGGUCCGCACACGCAACCAGGAGGGGCCUGCCACCGUCCACUGGAAGACCCGCAAUGCCAAGCGCUUCGAGCUGUCCGGUCCCCUCAAGUUUGCUCCCGGGGAGACUGAGAAGAACAUCGUGAUCGACCCGCGCCCUCACCCUGGACCGGUCAAACCAGAGUCCUUCCAGCUGGAGUUGUUUGACCCCAGUACGAACAGCGCGGUCGGGGAGAGGAAGACGACAAUGGUCACGAUUACUGAUGGAGCAUUACCAGAGAUUGCCCAGAAGCAGCAGCAGGGUAAGGACUUCAUCAACCGGACAGCCAUGUCUCCUGGGGGUCGUCUCUUCUCUCCCACCAACGUGAAGGCUAAAGCCACUGGCCCACGAAACAUCCGUCUCAACUGGGACCCCUUAGGAAGCCCCCUGGGCUACAAGGUGAAGUAUUGGAUCUAUGGGGACCCUGAGACUGAUGCCCAGGUGAUAGAUGUGAAGACCAACCACGCUGAGCUGACCAACCUGUACCCCUUCUGUGACUACGAGAUGAAGGUGUGUGGCUACAACGCCCUGGGAAACGGAAACUACAGCGACAUGGUGCCCUGUCAGACCCUGGAGGACGUCCCCAGUGAGCCCGGUCGUCUUGCGUUCAACGUCAUCAGUCCAACUGUCACUCAGGUCAGCUGGGCGGAGCCUGCCGAGACCAACGGUGUCAUCACCAACUACGAGGUCCUCUACACACCCAUCAAUGACAACACAAAGCCGAUGGGUGUAGCUAAGAAGGUGAAGAUAGACAACCCUAAGAAGAGGAUGUUGCUAAUUGAGAACCUGCAGUCGGCCCAGACCUACUGCUAUAAGGUCCGGGCUAAGAACAGCAUUGGCUGGGGUCCAUUCAGAGAGGCAACCAUCAACCUGGCCUCACAGCCCGUCAGACCCAUGUCCAUCCCUAUCAUCCCAGACAUCCCAAUAGUGGACGCGGAGGCGGGGGAUGAGUACGACGGCUACCUGAUGUACAGCAGUGAGGUCAUGAGGUCGCCAACAGGCUCCAAGAGACCCAGCGUCUCAGACGAAGACCAAAUGAACGGCAGGUGGGAACAAAACUUCCUGUUCCCCGGGGGAAAUAAUUCCAUGUCGCGCAGUGCCAAUAUGUCGUCUUCCAGCUACAGCCAGCUGUCUCCCAUGUCCACCCUCAGCUCCAACCACAGAGGAGGGGCUGGGGGUUCCAUGACUACGGAGUCCUCCACGACAUACCACUCUGGACAAGGAGGGAACUCGCUCUCCCGCACACAGAUUAUCGGGGGCGGGAUGCGCACAGAGAAUGUUGUCAUGAGGAAGCGGUCAGAGAACAGAGGUUACUAUGAGUAUGAUGACAACAUCCGAGAUUCCAUCGUCAUAGGAGACCUGUCCAGUGGAUUGUCGGGAUACACAGACGGCAAAAGUACGUAUGGCUUCAGCCCCACUCAGUACAGCUACAGUAUGUCUCAGGUCUUGCGGGGCAGGACCCAGUCUGAGGAUGUCAACGAUGCGCUACUGAAUCUGGACAGGGUGCUCCAGGACUCUCGUUUGGCCCCUGGGGUCCCUGACACCCCCACCAGGUUGGUGUUCUCUGCCCUGGGCCCCACGGCCCUGAAGGUCAGCUGGCAGGAGCCCCACUGUGACAGGGAUGUGCUGGGGUACUGUGUCCUCUACCAGCUACUCAAUGGAGGUGAUAUGAAGCGUAUAGAUGUGUCCAGCCCAGCAGAGAACUCUGUGGUGGUGCAGGACCUGCUACCUAACCACUCCUACCUGUUCAAGGUGAAGGCUCAGAGUCUGGAGGGCUGGGGACCAGAGAGGGAGGGAGUCAUCACCAUAGAGUCAGCCGUCAACCCCAACAGCCCACUCAGUCCAAUGCCAGGUUCUCCCUUCACUCUCAGCACCCCCAGUGCUCCAGGCCCCCUGGUGUUCACAGCUCUGUCCCCCGAGGCACUGCAGCUGAGCUGGGACAAACCCCGCAAACCCAACGGAGAUAUUCUGGGCUACGUGGUCACCUGUGAACAGCUGCACGGAGGAGGUGACAUGCGUUCCUUCCAGGUGAGCGGUAACAGCGCUGAGACCAGUCUGACGGUUCCGGACCUGAGUGAGAACAUGCCAUACAAGUUCAAAGUUCAGGCCAGGACGACCCAGGGCUUUGGGCCCGAGAGGGAGGGUAUCAUCACCAUCGAGUCUCAGGAUGGGGGUAGCACGUCUCAAAUAGGUGGAAUAGGAGGCACGUCUCAAAUAGGUGGAAUAGGAGGUAUGUCCCAAAUAGAAGGCCUAGGAGGUAUGUCUCAACUCGGAGGCCUAGGAGGUAUGUCCCAAAUAGGAGGCCUAGGAGGUAUGUCUCAAAUAGGAGGCCUAGGAGGUAUGUCUCAACUCGGAGGCCUAGGAGGUAUGUCUCAAAUAGGAGGCCUAGGAGGUAUGUCUCAACUCGGAGGCCUAGGUGGUAUGUCUCAGUACAGCAGUCAGUCCUUGACCAAGAGAGAUGUGUUCCAACUGCCGACAGAGGUCAGCACCCACAGCAACGUCACACACACCAUGAUCAACGACCCCUACUUCUCAGGAGACGGUAUGAUGAUGACUUCCCAGCACACAGAGACCAGCGGCAUGGUAACACGUCAUGUGACUAAGGAGGUGGUCCAGAGGAGCAUGCAGGUGGCCGGCUCCAGCAGCGUCACCAAGAAGGUCGAGAGGUCGUUCUAUGAGGCCUGAGGUCAAAGGUCAACAACAAGAUGGCGGUGUCCCUGGGUUCCAACACAUCCUGCUCACCUCUCUGUCUGUUACAGUGGAUCCUGUCCUGUCCUGACCUCUGUCUGACAUGGGAUUAAUUUCAUUCUUUUGUUUAUAGUUUUUGUCUCUUGUUUCUAUUUUGUUGAAAACAUUUUACAUUCAAAGAACUCUACCACCCCCACAGAGGUCUUGUUGGAAGUUUGUCAUUUUUAUACACAAUACUCAUGGCUCCCUCUAUUGGUUCUGGCUGGUAUUACGCCCAGAGGCUUUAGAUUAGGCUGUUACGCUAGUCUGAGGUCGUAUCACAAUAGUUUAAAGUAGAGCCCGCACUGGUGUUAAUAUCUCUUGGCAGAGAUUAGCUGAGAGAUAAUGGAGGGAGAGUGUGUACAAGUGUUUAUCCUGGCUGGCUGCUAGAUGUCUUGAAAGAUGGCUGCAGUUUGUUAAAUUGAUUACACUUACAUUUUUUUACAUUUUAGUCAUUUAGCAGAUGCUCUUGUCCAGAGCGACUUACAGUUAGUACAUUCAUCUUAAGAUAACUAGGUGGGACAACCACAUAUCACAGGUUGUCUCAUCUUUGUAGCAACCGCCUGCCAGUACACUUAACUAUGUUUGUUUGUAGGGGCUCAUGGAGAAUUGUAUUGUUAGAUUGUUGGUGAUACUCACAGUCAUUACUAUUACAAACAUGAAAUAUAUUAGGCUGACGUGUUUUCUUUGUCAGAAGAGAUUGAAUUGAAACGUUGAUGCCAAAUACUGUAUUGCGAUGUAUUGUUUGUGUAAAAAUAUGUUUCCUAUGGUUUUGCAUAUUUCUUUUUUUUGUACAUUUUCCAUGCUGAACAAAGUUAAAGAGAUUCUCUGGUACUUGUGUAUACUUUUUAGCCAGUAGUUCUGAAGGUAGGCUCACAAGCCAAAAGUGGUCCCCGAAAAUUCUGUACUAUGUCACAUAUCUGCAGAUAUGUGCACCACGUCAUUGCUCUCUCUCGCACGCUGCUGUGUGUGCUAUCUUGCUAUCUGUCACUCAGAUGGCGAGGGGCUGAAGCUCAUUGGCUGAAACUCGCCCCACAUGGGGCAAAAUGUAGAGAAGAUGGAGCCGCACAGCUUCCAGAAAUCAGUCUCUAUCAAAUUAGGAAUUUCGUGGCUAAUUGAGAUAACAGUAAUCCUGCUCAUAGAUUAUGCAUGUAUGAAUUACACAUUGACACAUCCAGCCCAAAUUAGGAGCUUUAAAAAAUACUUACUAGUCGCCAAAGUUGCGGAGCAUGUCUUUAAUUAAUCCAUAAUGUAGAUAUAACAUCAUAAGGUGUAAUGUAACAGUAUUUCAUACUUUAAAUGUUUAUCUCAUUACUGUAUAAUUGUUUUAAAAAGAGUACUUCGGUCUACAAGCAUGUUAUGCCUAACUAAUAUAUUCUAGCAUAGAUAGAAAACUUGGUCAUGAUAUUUCAGAGGGAUAUGUUUUGUGACAAAAAGAUUGUAUUCUCUUUAUAAUGUAUUUUUACACCUAUGUUGUGCUUUGGUUCAAUUCUAAAUACUGUCCAUUGGUAAACUGUCUGUUGUAACAAGUCCUUACACUUAGUGAGAUAUAUGGCGAAAAUAAUUAUACUGGUCGAAUGUAGAAGUUGAAUUUGAUAUAUAAAAAAAAAAGUCAUGAUAUUUCAUAAAUAUACCAAAAAUAAAUGUUUAUACUUUGUCAUCAAUUACUUCAUGUAACGUCCAUACAAUAAUCUGCUGUUUGUUUUUUAUAUCUGGCAUGUCCAUUUUAUGGCAUUUAAUAAAGAUUGAAUAUGAACCUCAA